AUGUCGGCGGACGAAGACACAGAAUUGAGGGACUUGGUCGCCCAAACUCUUGAAAGUAGCGGUGUUUUGGGAAAAAUAAGGGCGGAGCUGAGAGCAAGUGUUUUCCUUGCACUAGAAGAACAAGAUGCUGUACAGAACAAAACACCGUUCAUCAAUCAAGACCUCAAAAAAUUCCUCUCGACAAAAGAAGGGUUUUUAAUCGCUUCCUUGGUCCAAGAAUUUCUGGAGCACUUUCGCUUGGACUUCACUCUUGCCGUCUUCAACCCAGAAACAAAUUUUGGAGAGAAAUACGAAGGAAGAGAAACCCUCUCCAAGGAUCUUGACAUCGUUGAUUCCGACAAGUCAAGGGGGAAACCUCUCCUCUGUGAGCUGCUGAAACGAGCCAAUGAACAAUCCAGUAGAACCUCACGGCCAAGGGCAAACUCCAGAACCGAGGAAAUUGCCAUACCAAAGGAUCUGACUGCGGUACAAAUUGCCGAUGCAAAAGAGAAGUUUGAAUACUAUGAUAAGGACAAAAGUGGCUCCAUUGACAAGGAUGAGCUGAGGAGCUUGUUUAUUGAUAUGUUCCCACACUUCCACAGGAAUAUGUUAGAGCGAUAUGUGAACGAUGAAUUCAGAGCUGGGGACAGUGACUUCAGUAGUUGUAUUGACUUUGAUGAGUUUCUGGGCAUGUAUCGUCGCUUGUUUGUUGUUUGUCGUUCGGUCGUUUCCAACGACGUCUCAGAGAUUCUACCUCAGUCCCAGAGAAGACUCAAUGAUUCCAUCAAGACCAACAUCAACUUGAAACCGAUAAGCGUCGGCCAGAGCAACAAUUUCAACAAGAAAGAUGGCCCAGGCGCUCAAAAUCUUCCUUCCUUUACUGAGAAAUCAGAGCUGAGGAAACCGAUUGCACAUCUUCAGAGGUCCCUCUCUGCUGGUAGUGAGGGUAGUGAAGACUCAUUCUUCGAUGAGGUACCAUCUCCAGGGAGGAAGCCUCCUUCAUAUAGCUUGAAGUCAAAAAGGGAGAGUCCUCCACAGUCACCCCCAAAAACACCACCCCCGAAAGCAAGUGGUUUGUCCUCCUUGCUCAAUGCUCCAUCACUCACUGGAAGUGGGAUGGGAUCUCUGGCAGGGGCUCCAUCAUUAUCAGGAAAGGGAGGUGCUAAAGAUGCCCAAAGCCCAGACUGGAAGGACCUGAAGGCGUUGGACAACAAGCUGGACAAGAUGAGUUUUGAUCUCUCUAAGAGCGAAGGCAGUGAGGAUUACGAAGAUGAUUUCCAGAGUUCUCAAGACAGCCAAAGCGUGACUCACUCAAGGGGUCAGAAGAGCCAGAAAAGCAACGAGGGAAACAGCAUCAGCGAAGAUAUCAGUGAAGAUAUUCAAGAAGAAAUUGAUAUUUCCGGGGACGAUGACUUCCUCGCAAGCAGUCAAGAAAAAUUUGAUGAAUUGACGACAGAUCGGUCAGUGUCUCAGCUCAGUGGACACUUUGAUUAUACUGAAGACGCUCAACUUGAAUUCUAGGAGGGUUUGACCGAGAAGUCGUUUCAAGAUGAGCUUGCAAUGGUAAACCUUUCUUCAGACAAAAAAAUAUCUUCUUUUUUUCUUUAAAAGGCAGUGGACACUAUUGGUAAUUACUCGAAACACAUAUUACCAUAAACACUUACUUUUUAACGGUCAAUGGAGAGCUGUUGAUAGUAUGAAACAUUGUGAUAAACAGCUCCCUCUGAAGUAAUGU